UAUAAAAAAUAUAAAAAAUAUGAAAAGUUUUAACACGAAAAUUAAUUUUUUUUUGCCAUUACCUUUUUGUUACACAAAAAGGUUGCUGAAACCGAAUUACGUUCUACGAAACCGAGUAACUACGAAAUCGCUCAAAAACAAUUUAGUCAGAUCGAUACUUAAGCCUGAAUGUUUUUAACCGUCUGCUAAACAUCGUGAUUGAGAUUUUGAGAAUCGGGACUUUGUUAAAGCUUAAAAAUGAAUGACGAAGAAACUGACAAAGAAUUAGAAAACUUUUGGGGUUUACUGAAAGAAAACCAAGUUAUUGUCCCACUUAAUCUGAAACACAUUCUAUCCACGAACAAUCUAGUCGGCAUUCGAGUUAUGGCCGAAAUCAAUGACGAAGUAAUUAAAGAACUUGAAAGCUCCGUAAGAGAAAUGGGAAAUGUUGACAUUGCAAGCAAAAUGAGUGAAGAAGACAAAGUAAAACUCUUUGGCCCAAUUUAUAAAUUAUGUCCUGACAAAUUUAAGUUUUCUAUUGGUGACAAAAUGGUCUUACGUGUUAUACAGAAAGUGAGUAAAGAACUUGAGGCUAGUUUCAAAGUUGUGACAAAGAUUAAAGACCCUGCUCCUACUAUAAAAGAUCGUACAAUGUCAACCAAAGAUUUGGCACACACAGAAGGGCAGCAGCAUACAUCAUCCGUGGCAAACAGUAGGCCUAAACCUUCAAAUGAAGAAAUCAGAGCACUAGAAGGGAGACUAGAAGACUGCAUUUUACGUUGGGGGAAAAGAAAGAACAUGGAGUGUGAAAAUCAGUUCAGAGUGGCUGGAAAUACUGUUACGUGCAAAUUUAAAACAUCUGCUUCCACCUUCUGCAACAAGACCUACAAGUUACAGCAAAGUAAGGAAGGAUCCUCCUGGCAAAUCUCAAACUUCACUAACCACAUAAAUGCUGAACACAACAAAACCAAGAAAGUUUCCACAGCGAGUCCAACAACAAAUCAAAACCAGGAAGAAUCAACUGCUAUUUCUACACCCAACAGUGGAAAUGAAGUUUCACGAAAAAGGAAAUCUACUACUUCAGGUAUUACAUUUACACAACAACACCCAAAAGAAGACGAUGUUAAUGAAUUUGACGAAUGUGAGGAGCUUGAAGACGAGGGCAACGAUCCAUUAGAUAGGAAUGUACUGGAUGAAUAUGAGCAAAGUCUACUUAAUGUGAUAUCUGAAGGACAAUUAAAUGACUAUUCUUCAUUACUGGAAAAAUGUGUCUUGAGAAACGAAAAUAGUCCAAGACCUCACAAUGACCCAGAAAAUGUAAUUCAUAAUAGUGCAUUUGUUGUUGUUACAAGAAGUAACGGAUCUCAAGUCGCGUUUAAAAAAAGGACUGUUGUAUGGAUGUGUGAAAAUGGAGUGAAAAAACAAAGUAAUGACCGUUCUAAGCGGGUAACUCAGGGACACAAUUUUUUGUUAGCAAAAAAACUGAUUGUUCGAGUAGUUGAAAAAGAAAAAUCCGAAUAGGAGAUUGGUGUUUAUUUGCCUGUGAAAAUAAUUCUAAGAAGAAAAAAUCUCGAGUUAUGGUUGGUCAUGUACUUUCCUUAAGUUUAAUUAAUGCUUCCAAAAAAGAUUCGACGAAGCCAAUUUAUGAUUGGAAAGAAGGUGAUAAAAAUGUGGGCGUUAUUUGUGAUUGGUUUAUACUAGAUAAUAAAAAGCAACGAAUUUCUGGUCUUUUAAUUGAGCAAGCAAUGUUUUCCCAUGGAUUGCACCCUUGUGAAUAUUAUGUAUGCAGUGUACCUUCCCCUACAUUCUCUGUAUCUCAAAAUAAAUCGGAAGUGCGUCUUUCAAAUGAAACAGUUGUGUCCCUUCAGGAAUCAAUAAAAUCAUAUUCUGUGUGAAA